CCCAGUGUCUCAAUCCGGCUCGAGGUUUGUCUUUCCUGUUUGACACAGUCUCCUAGUCCUCACCUGGAUCCCUUAGUGGCCAGGCUACAGGCAAUGGAGUCGCCAAAUCCCAACCAAAGACUUCCGCAGUCCUCCAGGACCUAUCACUCGCGCCAAACUCGCCAAAAAUGUCGCCAAAUGCGUUCAACGCUUCAUCCAGGAGCGACAAACGCAACCUCUGGAAGACGAUGCGGAUCCUCGGUGGAGAGUGGGUACAGGUCACAGCCAAAUCAAGCUGGAGGACUUGAUUCUUGUCAGCAUUCACCAUGUAUCAAUGGGCAGCUGGCAACCACACUUGAGAUUGAUGCGCCCGCUCUGAGUCACUCCAGUAUAUACAAUCCAGACAUCUCGCUGUCCACCUGGCGUGGCGCUGUACUUUUACAUUUGCAUUGCUGUCCUCCA